AUGUUCCGAUUCCGCCCCCAAACAGGCUGGUACUGUACGCAACUUUUCAGAGAUGAUAAUCGUGAAAGGGGGACAAGGCUCAGUGUUGCUGAGCGUGAGAGCCUACUCAAACCCUAUUUACCAGAGCCGUCGGAUCUACCACGUCAACCACAACGGCGAAAGAAAGCAACAAUCCGGAAAACCCCUAUCCGCACAUUCCUCAAGUCUCAACUACACCAUCUAAUAUACUCCGUCAUUCAUAUUGUCUUCGGAAUCGCUGUGCGUCUGUUCCAGGUUUAUCAUGCGGUUUCGGAUCGCAUUCUUGCGGUGGUAUACCACCAUCACCGCACACCUGAGUUGAUCCGAAAAGACGUAAAAAAUCUGGAUCGCCUGCCAGAGCAUCUAAGCGUGAUAUUGUCGCUUCGGGCUGGGGAUGAUGCUCUUGCAAUUUUGAUGAAUGAAGUAGCAGAACUGGCCGCCUGGAGCGUUAGUGCUGGCAUUCCCGUGCUGAGUGUCUAUGAGAAAAACGGAAUUCUAAAAUCAUGCAUUCCCACCUUGAACCAGGUCAUUCUGGCCAUGCUAUCCUCAUACUAUGGCUCCCCUGCUCAACAACCGACAUUGCGGCUCUUUGCUCCCCACCACCCCAUCCAUCAAGAUAAUUCGUCUACCCCCAAGUAUAACCCGGAUACUCUCACGGUACUCCUUCUCUCUGCUACCGACGGCCGGGAAACCUUUGUGGAUCUCACCAAAACUCUGGCUGAAAUGUCCCAGAACGGCAAACUAUCACCUGAAGACAUCACCAUAGAUCUGGUCGACGCAGAAAUUAGUGAGAUUACUACACAACCUUCCCAGGCUACAGCGCCGGGUCUGAGCGGGAACAAAUUAGUUCCCAAUCCUGUUUCUGUGAAGCCUGAGCCAGACCUACUUCUAGUAUUCGGCCCUUUCCUGAAACUUGACGGCUAUCCACCCUGGCAUAUCCGUCUGACGGAAAUGUUCUGUACCGGAGAUAAGAGCAGCACCAUAACCGGCUCUGGCGAGGCCGUCGAGUAUCAAGGUUUCUGCCGGGGUCUAUGGCAUUUUGCAGGAGCUCAAAUGAGAUUUGGGCGAUAA